AUGCGAAGCCUCGUCGUACCAGGGCAACCGGACCACGGCCGCGAAGCGCAGCGGGUUGCCGGCCUUCCCAUCAGGAGGUCCCCUGCGCCGGCCAGCUCGCCCCCGGGCGGCCGCGACGUACGCCUCCAUCCCCUCCCGGGAGCCGUGCCGCGCGAUGCCCGCCUCGCGAGCGGCGUCGUAGUCGACCAGGAUCUGUUUGUUCUGCAGCUUUUCCUUCUCCGGCGAGUACCUCCCGCCCAGGGUCAGCAGCCGCGGCAGAGAGUUCACGGUGCUGCUGUCGAGCCCGAAGUAGCGGCACGCCCACUGCCGCCCCAGAGGCAGGAACGACAGGCAGAGUCGUCUGAAGGUGACGAGGUAGAUGUAGCCGCCGAACUCGUCGCCGCACUGGUCGCACGUGGGCUGGCAGAGCUUGCGGUAGAGCUCGGUGCACGUCGUGCGAUGGCUUGUACCGAUGAUCCUGGCGCCGCGGAUGGUAUUUCGCGCGUGCCUGCUGAUGACGCCGUAGGUGGGUAG